ACUAUUCCGCGUCCCAUCAGCGUGUGUUACACACUGUAGCAGUGGUUUUUCGAGAGAAAUGGCGAGUUUUUGCGUGCUGGCGGUGAGACGAAGCUACUCACGUGUAGCUUCACCUACGUUUAGAGCAUAUCCACGAUUGCUUUGCACAGCCACCCAGCAGAAGAAUGGCAACGUGUCCGGGGGGGCCGAGAAGCCAGAGCAAAGCGCAGCAGAAACACUCCUGCUGGAGGAGAAGAGCCAGCUGGAGGACGAGCUGAAGGACAUGACGGAGAAAUACAAGCGGGCGUUAGCAGACACAGAGAACCUCAGAACAAGGACACAGAAGAUGAUCGAAGAUGCUAAAUUAUAUGGAAUCCAGGGCUUCUGUAAGGAUCUACUGGAGGUAGCCGACAUCUUGGAAAAGGCCACAGAGAGUGUGCCCAAGGAGGAGGUGACCCCUCAGAACCCUCACCUGAAGAACCUGUUUGAUGGCCUGGUGAUGACUGAGGUCCAGAUACAGAAGGUCUUCACAAAGCAUGGCCUCAUCAAGCUCAACCCUGACGGCGAGAAGUUUGACCCCUACGAGCAUGAGGCGCUCUUCCACGCACCAGUAGAUGGCAAGGAACCUGGCACUGUCGCCAUGGUAACAAAAGUGGGUUACAAGCUUCACGGCCGUACCCUCAGGCCAGCAUUAGUGGGCGUGGCUAAAGCCCCCUAAAAAUGAUGAUUCAACUGUGCCAAAUUGGGAUUUGCUUUGUUGCCUGAGUGUCUUGUGAGCUCAAGUACAACAGACUGGUUGAGUGUCCAAGAGACGGGAACCCAACUGAGCUGGACUUUGUAUCAGGACAAUAUCCAACAGCUUUUAUCAGAAAGAUUAUAGUAGACUUUGUCUUUACAGUAAAAUCCUCAGUUAGUAAUGUUAUUCAUUCCAGAGUCAGUUGUUGUCAGCCUCACUACGUCAUAGACGGAGGCUUCAUGUCGCUUACAACCAUCAACCCUAACUGAGAGACAAUGGUCAAGUGAUCAUAGUCCUCUAAUUGAGAGGCUUUUUUUGGUGAGCUAUGAUGUCAAAACCAUCCACAAAUUGAGCAAAUACCAUAGUACUGACUUUGGUUUCAAGCUCUAAUAAUCUUGAAUUUAAAUUUUAUUUGUGAGUGUUGAAUUGAUUCUGUGAAUAAAAGGAGGCGCAGGAGGCUACUUGAAUAUCUGAAGAAAUGAUGCAAGGUUACUUUGAAUGGAGUUAGGCUUCCCCGAGCCUUCCUGUUCAUUUGGAUCCGACCAGGCACUGGUGAGCCAGCCUCAGGCAUUGUGACAGUAAUGUCUCUUUAACUGAAACCAUUAGAAGGAUUAUAUUACAUUUGUCCAAGUUGAUCAUCUUUGGUAUGAUGGUUUAGUGCGCUUCUUUCAUACAUCCUGAAAUUAAAUAAAAUGUCAUUUGAACAACAAUACUUCGGUUAUUUAGUCUAACCUGGACACAACUAUAUUUGAGAUGGUCUGACUUCACAAGGAUAUCAUCUCUGGUUCAUCACAAAUAAACGGCCAUGAAACGCCUUCAAUUCUGAAAAAAGACCUCAUUAUACUCCAGACCAGGUAGGGUGCAGCAUUUAAACAAAGCUCAAUUGGUACUAAAGGGUCCAAAGUGUGCCAACAAAAUAUCCCCACAGCAUUGUACCAGCAGCAUGAACCGUUGAUAUGAGGCAGGAUGGAUCCUUGCUCAUGUUGUUUAUGCCAAAUUCUGACCCUCCCAUCUGAAUGUCACAGCUGCAAUCGAGUCUCAUCAGAUCAGGCAACGUCUCUCUGAUCACCUGUUGUCCAAUUUGGUGAACCUGUGCAGAUUGAGGUCCGAUUCCUGACAGUUUGCUACUACUGUUGUCAAGGAAAUCUGUUAAUUAUUUUGAGGAAUAAUUAACACUGUCAUAUAUUCACAUUAUAGGGUGUUCUGUGCAACUUAUUCAGUAAGUUUGUGUCAAACAAGUAGCCCUUCACACUACUGUAUCGUAAGUAGCUCCCAGUUUCAAAAAGGUUGGUGACCCCUACUCUGAACAGUACUGGGUAAUCUUUGGUGACACCCAUCUUCAUUAUAGCAAGCGGUCCAGGACCGACUGGACCGAGCCAGAUGACAGGCUUCAAUUAUCAGUGUGCUGAUAAUACAUCUUCACCUUCAAUCACACCUUUGCAUGUGCAAUAACUAAAGAAAAAGACUCCAUAGUAUCAGAACUGUCACAACGUUGAAGAAAGCACAGUAGCAUGCCAUCACUAUUGCACCUUUCAGAAAAAGCUCUGUAUUCCAAAAUCCUUUUUUUUUAUUAUUACAAAAGCUAUAAACAUUUCCAUGACAAAAAAUACUGUACACUUCACAGGGCAGUUAUUGGUUUCUUUUUCAAAUUGAUCUUACAGUUGUAUCUACAAUCUACAAAUACAUAGUAUGCAAAAUUGUUCUUGGAAAAUACAAAUGCCAUUUCUUUGAGUCAUUUACAGCAAACACAAUUUUAGAACAAUAAGAAGCAUUUAGUUAUGUAUGCCAAACAACGCCACUGUAAAAAAAAGAGAGAAAGAUGACAAUAAAGAUACUCAUAAAUAAGCAUCA